GAGAAAAAAGUGGAGUUUGGACGAGGUGCACUGUACAUACGUACACACACACACACACACACACACACACACGCACACCAGGAACACUCGGACGAGAGAAUGAGAGAGAGUGUGUGAGAGAAAGAGAGAGAGACAGUGUGUCAGAGAAAGAGAGCGAGAAAGAGAGAGAGAGAAAGAGAGAGAGAGAGUGUGAGAGAAAGAGAGAGAGAGUGUGUGAGAGAAAGAGAGAGUGUGUGAGAGAAAGAGAGAGUGAGUGUGUGAGAGAAAGAGAGAGAGAGUGUGUGAGAGAAAGAGACAGAAAGAGAGUGUGUGAGAGAAAGAGAGACAGAAAGAGAGAGAGACAGCGUGAAAGACAGAGUGAGAGUGUGAGAGAAAGAAAGAGAGACCGAGAGCGAGAGAGAAGGAGAGAGAGUGUAAGAGAAAGAGAGAGAAAGAGAGAGAGAGAUUGACGGAGGAGGGACAAGACGGUGUUGUGGCAGCGCGUGCGGCGGUUAAACCACACACGCGCUCUGUCUCUCCUUCAGAGCACCGUCUCCCUCUCUGACACACAGUCUCUCUGACACACACACACACACACAUACACACACACACACACACAUACACACACGCGCGCGUGCUGAGAGCAUGGAGCGUCCGUCGGCGUCUCCAGCACGCGACCAAGCCGGAGAGCUGCGCGCAUAACGGAUUAUGGAGCGCAGCAUGUUUCUGGGAGUGGAACCUGAUGUGGAACCUGAUGUGGAACCUGACGUGGAACCUGAAGUGGUCUUAUCCUGUUGUAGAUCAUCUGCCUCACGGUUAAACUUGCUGUGCAUUCUGAGAUGCUUUUCUGCUCAUCACGGCUGUAAAGCGUGGUUGUUUGACCAGAGUGCUGAAGCUUUUUCUGACCUCUCUCAUCAACAAGGCGUUUCUGCACAUCAGUCGCAUCGAAUCGGUAGCGUGUGUCAGGGUGGCUUGUUGCCGGCUCUGGUUCGAGCUCCUCUCCCCCAGGUUCACUCGUCUGUGGGCCUGAAGCACUUCCAUCCCUUCUCGCUGGAGGCGAGCCCCGUCCUCAACCUGCUGCCCACGUUCAGAUCUAUGGACCCGGUUCAGAAAGCAGUCCUCCACCACACAUUUGGUAUCACCCCUUUGUCUAAAAGGAAACACGUCUCCUGCAACGUGUGCCAAAUACGAUUUAAUUCACAGAGCCAAGCGCUGUCCCACUACAAAGGCACCAAGCACGCCAAGAAGCUUAAAUCUCUGGAUGUGCCCAAGUGCAAGCAGAAAAGCUCUGCGGUAAUGAGGGAAAACAGGAAGGAGCCUGAGAAGAUCUUCUCACCUUCCGCUCCACCGAGCACCACCGAGAGGAAAGAAAUUCCUGAUCCAUUACACCCGGUAGUUCCACCAUCUCCAGCCAAGUGUGGCUCCAGUGUGGCCUCCACCGAGGCCGAGGCCGAGUUUACCUCAGCAGAAGGACAGAGUCCGGACGUCUCUCCUAGGGCAGCCCAGGACCCCGAAGCCGAGAAGGAGACGGAGGAGGCGAAAGCUUUGCGUCUCCUUUACUGCUCACUUUGCAAAGUCGCCGUCAACUCAGCAUCCCAACUCGAAGCGCACAAUAGCGGCACCAAGCACAAAACCAUGCUGGAAGCGCGGAACGGUAAUGGCUCCAUCAAGUCCUUCCCCAGGCCAGGGGUGAAAAGCAAGCUAGUGUCACCCAGUGCUGCAUCGACGGGCUUGCAGAACAAGAUAUUCCACUGUGAAACAUGUGACGUGCAUGUCAACUCAGAGACGCAGCUCAAACAGCAUAUCAGCAGUCGGCGCCAUAAAGACAGAGCAGCAGGAAAACCGGCCAAGCCCAAGUACAGCCCCUACACCAAGACCCCAAAAGGACAGACCAAACAGCAAACAGGAAAUACACCAGUGAAGCUGCCUCUGAGUAAGGACAUGGGCCAGCCGCUGACCGCCUCAAUAGUGCCCUCUCACUUGGCCGCCAUUGCCGCAGCAGCCACCGCAUUCCCUCUUCGCGCCAGCCAUAACCCAUCCCUUUUCCAGACUCAUUCUCUCUCCUCAACACUUCUUCGCCCCGCACCUGGGCCUAUUCGGACCAGCCAUGCGCCGAUACUGUUCGCUCCCUACUGACCUCCGAACUGUGACUUCGGAUUACGUCUGACACACCAUCUCAGCGCUAAUUUAAUCGUGGUCCAGUCGUGUGGAUUAUUGCCUUUUUUUUUUCUUUUUUUUUUUAAAUCCAUCGUCACACAUGAAACCUGUAUGGAUCUGAUGUGUGAUAAUAUACCGCAAUAAUUAAAAAGACAAACCAGGUAACUAUGCAUUGUCAUCACCAUAUGACACACUGACUCUAAGCUCUAAAUGGAUUUAGGGAUAUAUUGUUGGGGUGCUUUUUUUGGUCUUGGUCAUGUCAUUGCUUUUGAAAAAAUAUAUAUAAAAAAAUAUAUAUAUAUAUUAUGUAUGAGAAGAGAGAGGCUAAAGUAUGGGAAAAUAAGUUCUACUGCUCAGCUGUUUGCACUUUAAGCUCUGCCUUCUGUGGAUGUCUUCAGUGCUUUAGAUCAGUAGAACCUGGUUCCUGUAUUUUGUUUUGAUUUGUACCUACGUGCAUUUGGUGUCGUGUGAAUGGAAAAAUGGAGGGAAACGUGAAUUACUGCUGAUUUAUUACCUGUUAAGCAAUGUGUGUAUGUGCGUGUGUGCGUGUGUGUGUGUGUGUGUGUGUGUGUGUGUGUACACAUUUGUACAUCCCUUGAAACUACCCAAGCAAAAAUCUACACACAAGGAUGGUAAAGCUCGUCUAUCUCAUCUAAUAAUGUGAAGAAGAAAAAAAGAUUUCAAAUAAAGUCUUACUUUGCUAA